AUGCGGAAAGUCUUACUUUCUGUUUUUGGCCUCCUCAUCAACAUGGUCUGCGUUUCUAGCAGCAGUAUGUACGACUCCAUUUUCUGGGAUCCUCAGAAUCCUUUGUAAGUAAUGAUUUGUAGUGUGUAUUCAAGUAAAUAUUCUGCGACGAUUUAUACUGUCUGUCUCAUUUAUUAUAAACCCCCAAGCUCUAAUUCAUAGGUUUCCUCCCGAACAGAACUAAUUCUCAACUCUGUAUUAAAGCAUGUUUGCUUUGAUCUUCAACCAUUUUAAUUUUUCUCGAACGGAAAGUUCAUUCCGUGCUCUUGACUUAAAGGUUUCAAGUUUAUUGAUUCCAUACUCCUACAAAAGUGGCUUUUAUCAAGCUAAAUAAAGGGAUAUUAGAUAUUCAAAUCUGACCUGUAACAUAUAUAACAAAUUUUUAUGGAAGCUGCUGCCACUAAUAUGCAGAUAUAUUGAGAUAUGCGUUUGUAAUCCUGUAAAGAAUCCAGUCGGAAGGCAAAAAAAAGAGCUCCUGUAAAAUAAUACAGCUGUAAACAGGUUUUGCCUUAAAAGCAUACAGGAGCAAAAACAAAUAUUAAAUUAUUUAACAGGAGCUGAAACAGAGCUAGAACUUGUCCUGAGUAGUCUACUAUGUUGAAACUUAACCGUUUUGGUGGAUAGGUAAGGAUGGUUUAGGGAUAGUCUAUGACGUCACCCAUUGUUAUAACCUAGGGAAAAAGUGCGCUCCUCCACACUAAUUAGGUGCCUUCCUCCAUAUACUAUAGAAUGAAGUGGAUAGGUUUACUAAUGAUCGUCUCUCUACUACAAUAGGCACAAUAGGCUUGCUCUAGCUUGUCCUUUAAGUAACUUGAGCCCAGAUUUCAGACCAUCUAUUAAAAGGAAAAUAGGAAUAAGAGAAGCGAUCUCCUAGCAACGCGAGAAACGGCUUCCUAUAUCUUAUUUAGCGCUAAAACUAAGAUAUAUAAACAAAACACUUGCAGAAAGUGAAGUUGAAAAGUCUUUAUUUCAAUUUAGUUUACGUCCGGUCUUAUUAAGCGCUAAAACUCGGAUAUAUAAACAAAACACACGCACAUAUACACAAACUGGAGCUGAAAACUCCCUAUUUCAAUUUUGUCUGACUAUUACAGAACCGUUAUCUCCUUUCUAUCUCGAGGAAAUGAAAAAGUAUUUAAGUCUCAGCGUUUCACGCGCCGUUAGUCAGGUAAUUAUGCGAGUCCACAAGCCCACCGUUGCAUACAAAUUAGCUCUGCAGUAAAAAACCCAAGGGAGAAUCUUGACGUAUUAUUAGAAAAAUACACCCCCAAAAAACAAUUAAUAACUUAAGACGGAUCAAUUGAAACACGCGACUAAUAAUUGCUAGCAAUAAAACCAGACACGUUUCUUAAGACAAGAAAUCAACUUUAUGACCCUUAAUUAAAAUAAUUUCAAAAAGAUUUAAUUAAUAGAUUAAAGAUUCUAUUAAAAUAGUUAAAGAAGGCAAGCCAUCCUUUUUUUACACUGCGCACAAUGUUUUACUUACCCCUCUCCCUUUUCGUUUUUACUUCCCACCUCCUCCUCCACAAUUUUAUUAUUUUCCCUCCUCAAUCUUGUUUUCCCUCCACCACCACCACCACCACAUUUCUAUUGUUUUCCGAGUUUCCCUCCACCGCUACCACCACCGCCACAUAUUGCAGCGAUACUGCGAUACCGUACCGUAUUGCAGAUUAUUAGUAAUACAUCUACAUGUUGACACAAAACUGAAUUUUCACUUCAAUAUUUCCAUAGAUUCAGAAACAAGAGCCAAAGUUGUAGCACAGGAUACAUGACUCUUAAAGUCCGACUGCAAUCUAAAGUCUUCUUCAUAUGUCCAAACACAGCCACUGUGUUACAAAAAACUUCAUCAGCACCUCAAUCUGCAACCAUGUAUGAAAACCUUUGGAUUGCUUAUGACAGAAGUGUGUUUGACCAAUGUAAUACAUCAUUAAGCAAUACUAGCAAACUUUUAUUCGGAUGCAAUGAUCCAACAGCAUUGAAAUAUUUUCCUGUGGUAUUUGCCGAAUUUACAGCAGACCCAAACUCGCUGAAGUUUAAAGAUGGAAAGAAGUAUUAUUUUAUUGGUAAGUGAUAGAAAUUCAAUAUUACAGGACUGAGGGACCCAAAUUAUGGGCUGAAGUUUGGAGGAGGAAAGAAGUGUCAUUUUAGUGGUAAGUGAUGAAGAGUCACAGUUACCUUAAAGUUUCCACAGUGGUGACUCCCUGAGAGUUAAAUGAACCAAGUUCUGUUUUUCUAUAUCACAUAAAAAAUUAAUGCAUGAUCAGUGAUGUUGAGUUUUAUGCACUUAUCAUGUAAAAUUUUGAUGCUCAGUCCAAAGUCAUUUGAGUCCCAGUCCAAACACCAAUGAUUUUACUGUAGUAUUUGUGUGAAAAUUCUUAUUAUUAUUAGUUACUUCUGGGUCUCGUUUUUAUAAGAUUGCUCUCUUGAGUAACUUACUAACUAGGUUUUAUUACGCUACAUGUAUAUUACAUAAAAGGAUAUUCUUCAAAAUCAUCUCCAUGUCAAGUCAACAAUUGUUUUGUAUGUUUCCUCAUUGUUUAUCUAUUGUAGGGACAUCUGAUGGCACACAGACCCACUUCAAUGACCCUACUGGAGGUCACUGCAAUGACACAAAAAACGGAAUAUUUAUGAAAAUUGAAGUCUAUGUCUGCAAAAAAAGUAAUCUAACUCAUACAGGUAAUGUUCAAUUACUACAGUAUAAUUAA